CCAGCACCCAUCCCAGCCCCGCCUGUGUCAAGGGCUAUAAGUAGGGGACUGACUGUGAGCCCCAGAUACCAGUACUUGGAGAUUCAUCUGGCACCUGUGGGCAGCCUCCCCUCCCAGUAGCAAUGGGGAAAACGGGCUUCUCUCUGAUUCUCGCCAUGGGUCUUGUGACCCUCAGUACCUCUUCAGAGAAAAAGUGUAUCCUGUCUGGAGCCUGGCAGAAUGAGCUGGGUUCUAAUAUGACCAUCUUUGCUGUGAACAAGGCCGGGCAGUUCUCUGGGUUGUACCUCACAGCGGUGUCAGCCGCAGAAAAGCCCAUCCUUGUGUCGCCCAUAAAUGGAUCCCAGCACAUCGACAGCCUGGAGCAGCCGACCUUCGGGUUCACCAUCAAGUGGACCUUCUCAGACUCAACGACUGUCUUUGUGGGCCAGUGCUUCGUGGAUGAUCAUGGGGAGGAAACUCUGCAGACCACGUGGCUGCUGCGAGAGAAGGCCAAAUCUGCAGAGAAUAACUGGAAUGCAACCAUGGUCGGCACAAACAUUUUCACCCGGAUCAAGGGGCAGAAAGUGAGUGAAUCCAUGAGGAAUGACCUGUAACCAGUGAUCCCAGCAGCACCGUGACCCCACUCUGCAGCCCCAGAGCUCCUGGCACCCCCCAGAAUUGUUCUGGGCGCUCUCUCUCGAGAGCGUCUCGCCUGGUGUCAGGGCUGUUUGCUGAGCUGCAGAGUCACCCGUCUCCGUCUCCAUCUCCCCUCGCUCUCUGGUUACCCCCCACCUAGAAUCACUGCCUGCGGCCCCCAGGCUGCAGUUUAGUUCCUUUCCCAGUAAAGUUCUAGCGUGGGAGACACGCCCUUCUCUUCUGUUUCUCCUUUAUCGCCAGGUCUUUCCGUUCCAAUAGUCUCUGGUGCUCUCUCUCCUUUUCUGCAACCUGCAGCCUAACUUUGCAAUGGCUUCACUGCUGUCAAUCAUUUUCCUGCUUUUCUGUCCCUACCUCCCUUUCCUAAAAUGAGCAAUCCGAAAAUAACAAACUCCUCCUGACUGUCCUUUACAUCUUUACACCAGUGUAUGAAGUGCAAAUCUUGCUCAGUACAACAAGCGGUGUGUUUCACCCUGCUUGCUGCGCCUCUGUGACAGGGUCUGUGGGUCCACUGUGCCCCCUGAACACGCUCUCACCUGGACCGUCUCUCACAAUGCCUUGCUAGUGACCAGCAGCAAACCCCUCCAGGUGAUGUGGUCACUCAGCACAACCGCACGUGGCGCCGCACAUGCAGCUCUAUUGCAUGAAUGCUCCCAGAGCCGCUCACGAAUCACCCAGAGAAAGGCACGAGAACCAAGAACUUUCCCAUCACUGUAGGUGAUUGAUUCUGUUUAACCAGUUCUAGCUCUCAUCUCUAUUUAUUUCUUUUUAUGAAUAAACCUUUAGAUUUCA